AUGGAUCCUAAACCGUAUACGGCUGUAACAGUAGGUGAUUCAACUCUUGUCUCGAAAUUUUUGAAGGAAGCAAAGGAAAAUCUCUACCAACAACAGAGUGAUCAAAACAAGAACACUAUCCUCCAUAUAGCUGCCAUGUACUCCAACGUCCAAGUUGUGAAGGUAAUCCUCGAAACCCUACCAACAACUAUAGUAAGAAGCAAGAACUCCAGAGACGACACCGCACUCCACGUUGCUGCUAGGUAUAAUAAUGUGGAGGUAAUCAAGUAUCUGUUGAGUUGUGCCAUGGAUUUAGAUGAAGCAGAGAAUCAAUGUAAUCGAUAUCAGACGGCGAAAUUAAAGAAUAGAGAAGGGAACACAGCCUUGCAUGAAACUGUUCGUGGGCGUCACCGUGAGGUGAUAGAGGUGUUGAUGCAGUCGGAUAAAGAGGUGAUCUUCAUGAAGAAUAAUCGCAGAGAAUCACCACUUUAUUUGGCUGCUGACCGUGGGUUGCUCUUUUUGCUGGCGAAGAUGUUGAAAGUUGCAAUCAAAGAAAAUGAAAAAUUCAAGGGAAUAUGCGUCAACAUUCUAUUGGAUAAUAAGAAGGAGCUCAUUAGUAGAGCAGAUGCAGAUGGAAGAAAUCCUCUUCAUUUUGCAGCAUCAUUUGGCCUUUGUGAAGAAGCUCGUUCGUUAUUGAGGAUAGAUGCCUCUAUUGCUCACCAAAGGGAUGAUGAAGGCCUCAGUUCCAUACACAUAGCAGCCAAUAAUGGGUGUAUUAGCAUAAUUCAAGCCAUGCUAGAAUAUUUCCCAAAGGCAAUAGAGACAUCAAACAUUGAAGUUCAAAAUGUUAUUCACCUUGCCACUAAGAAUGGGAGAUCAAAUUUAGUAAGUUACAUGCUUCAUCAGAAAUCUAAGUUUGGGAAGCUUAUAAAUGCCAAGGAUAUUAAUGGAAACACACCACUACAUUUUGCCACCAUGAACUUGCAUCCUAAGGUUGUGAGCAUUCUCAUGCAGAAAGGGGAUGUAAACAUGAUGACUAUCAUUAAUGGUGAAGGGCUGACAGCCCUAGACAUUGCAGAGAUGAAGCAAAUGGAUGAGAGUCACGAGACAUUCUCAUUGCGAAAGGUUCUUACCCUAACAGCUUUAAGAAUUAAUAAUGCACCAUCUUCAUCUGUUGGACCACCUCAAAUUAUUGAGGAAAAGAUAUCAAAAGGCAAUGGAAAAAGAGAAUAUUAUGAAAAGAAAUUCAAAGAGAGGUUCAACACUCUCGUGGUGGUAGCAACUCUGAUCUCCACAGUCACCUUCGCUGCUGGUUUCACAGUACCUGGAGGUUACAACGAUGAUGGUCCAUACAACGGCAUGGCUACCUUGUUAAGAAAUCCUGCAUUUAUUGUUUUUGUGAGCUGCAACACCAUGGCUUUGUAUCUGUCUAUCUUCAUUGUGGUGAACAACAUAUGGGCACAGUUGGGUGACAUCCGUUUGUUGGUUCUUGCAGUUAACUUAAGCUUACCAUUGUUGUGUAUAGCUCUCAUAAGGAUGGCUAUAGCAUUCGCAGCAGUUCUUCUUGUUCUAUUCAAUGUCCUAUAUAUGUCCAAGUACCCUGUCCUUAAGUACUUCUCCAAGUUGGGCUUCUAUCUUUUGAUCUACACAUGA